GUGUGAUGAAUUGGUAUCGUAGUACAACUUUGGCGCUACGCCUAUUCAUAAUCUUGUUUCAGGGUAUCACAUGAAGUCUCGUAAGGUGCGAUGCCUAAGACAAACCACAGAACUUGGUGCCUCUUCAGAUUCUGAUGAAAAUCAUCCUGAAGACUCUACUCCACCAGUCGUUGCAGAUUCAACAGUAGUUGUGGAAGCCAUAAGAGAAUUUCAGAAACUAAGGAAAAGACCAGCCGGAAUAAGCUUGUCUGCACUAGCUACCGGUAAAGAAGUUCCAGAUCUUAAUCUAACAAUCGCUAACGAUCCAUUUAAACUUAAGACUGGUGGUUUAGUUGACUUGAAUAGUAUUUCAUCUGCCAAGCAGACUGAAGAGGAUGAUGACGUUGAAGCCCAUCUAGCCAAAACAUUCGCCACAGAAACUAAUAAAAGGGAUGAAGAUGCCGAAAUGAUCAAGUACAUUGAAGAAGAAUUAGCCAAACGAAAAGGACUAGUUAAACCUUCUUCUUUGGAGCGAGAUGAGGAUUCAGACCUACUUCAGGAUGUCCCUGAGUAUCUCAAGCCUUCAAUUGGUCAACAAAAAGAGGACAUGUUAUCCAACCAGAUGUUAUGUGGUAUCCCUGAAGUCGAUUUGGGUGUUGAAGCAAAAAUGAAAAACAUUGAAGCCACAGAAGAAGCCAAGCAGAUACUUUUUAGAAAAAGAUUCAGCCGCAAACAUGGUCAUUCAACUGAUCAAAUAGCACCGACCAGCAUGGCAGUCAACUUUGUUCAGCAUAGUCGGUGGAAUAGUUACACAAACGGAAUCAGUAGAAGAGCUGAUUUGAACAAUGAACGGGAACUCAAUCACAUAGCUAGUAGUAACAAUGAUGCCAAUAAACUAGAAACAACGAAAAGUGAUGUCAUCUCUCCCCAAGCGGAAGGUCGUCGUUUAGAUAACAACCGAUCACGUAUUCAUAAUGAAAAAUCUACAGAUAAUAUUGCACUUCAACGGUUUAAAAAUUAUAUGCGCGAUAAAAGACGUCGUUGAUAAUUUUAUUUCUUCCUAUUUAUUUUUUAUCUCGACAGGACAAUGUUUUACUUCUUUUAAUGGUAUUAUGUCCUAAGUCAGUCAGUUUAGGCCAGGCAUAUUGUAUAACACAUGUGUACAUUGUAAAUAUGAUUUAUUGCUAUUAUUACGACUGCUACUAUUGUUUUUGUUGAAUAUCUGUUUUCUAAAGUGAAAAGUGACUGGUUUUUUACAGUAUCAAUCACUUUGAUAAACCUACAUGUUUGAUACCACUAGCACUACCGAAGCCCUCCAAUAAAUCAUCGUAAGAGAAAUAGUUUGCACCAUAUCCUGUACAAGUGUUUGGUUAAAUAAGGCCACUUCUGAAGCUAAUAUCUGUUUGAAAAUGUUUAUAGAUA